ACCAAAGCAUCAUGUUUAUUUCUGCAACCAGACAUCUGCAACUACAGAUCUAAUCUAGCGUACAGCAAGGAAUGAUUCUUCUAAGGUUGCCCCUGUAAUAUGUCUAUGGUCCUCUUUGCAUCUGUGGUGCGGGUGAGGGAUGGCCUACCCCUCUCUGCUUCCACUGACUAUGAGCAGGACAAAGGAUUGCUGGAGACCAAGAAGCACCUCAAGGCCUUGUCUAAAAAGCUCAGCCAAUUCCCUGACCGUUGCUCUCUUAAAACAGGCCACUACAAUGUCAAUUUCACCAGCUCUCUGGGAGUGGGCUACUUGAUGGUGUGCACGGAGAACUACCCCAAUGUUUUGGCGUUCUGCUUCCUGGAUGAGUUGCAGAAAGAGUUCAUUGUGACCUAUGACACGAAGCGCAUUAACAGUGCUGUUCGACCCUACUCCUUCAUUGAGUUUGACAACUUCAUUCAGAAGACCAAGCAGCGGUACAACAGCCCACGUUCUCUUUCAACCAAGAUCAAUCUGUCUGACAUGCAGAUGGAGAUCAAGCUGAGACCCCCGUACCAGCUCUCUGCUGAAGAUCUGAGCUCAAUCAAUGGCUUCUCCCACAGCUCCACUACCAAAUAUAAAGGCAUAGCUCCUAAUCAAAUGCUGGCACCUGUCACCUUGUCAGGCAUUGUGGCUUGUGUCCUAAGUGUUUUGUGCUGCGCGCUUAAUUUGCUGCGUGGGGUCCAUGCCAUCGAGAGCAUACUGCAGAAUGAAGACGAAGACUUCAAUUAUGUAAUUGCCUUUUUCCUGGGGACGGCAGCCUGUCUGUAUCAGUGUUACUUAUUUGCACACUUCUCUCUGUGGAGAAACAUCAAGUCCUUCCUGGCCUUCGCUCUCAUCUGCCUGUGCAACAUGUACCUGUACGAACUGCGCAACAUGUGGCAGAUCUUGUUUCACGUGGCGGUGGGGGCAUUCCUCACCCUGCAGAUCCGUCUGAGGCAACCGCAGGGCAAAGCACCGGAUUACAACGUCUGAACACACAAUAUAAGCUUCUCUGAGACCAGUAAAUAUACUCACGACCUCUUCAAACACAUUAAUACCAGUGCAGCUGCUUAGGACUGCGAGCGGCGACACUGAUGUGAGACGUUCAGCCUGCCGUUUGAGACUCGAGGUGUCAUAUGGAUCGAACGUAUUAAAUGGAUUGAAUGUGGAGUUGAAAACUGACAGCUCAGGGUGUAACAGCAGGUUUCACACAUUGUUUAAUUCUCUGACUGCUGUGGUUUAUCAUAUCAAUUGUGCAUUUUGGUUCAUCAUGUUGAAAGCACAUGGCAGAAAUCUUUAAUAAUAUUCAGUAAGAUUUAAACAGUAGCUAUUUAUUCAUUGUUUGUUAAUUCCU